AUGAUGGCAAAGGAUUGUUGCACAUCAAUCAUUAAAAAGAAAUAUGCUGAUAUUGGAGUAAAACAUUACUUUGAAAAUAGUUUUCUAUCUCAUAAAGAUUGUUUUUCUUAUUUAUCAGAUUUUGUAAAUUGUAAAAGUAAAAAGAAAAAAACAAAGAUAACAAAUGAACAAAAAGAAGAUACAGAUGAAGAGGAUGAGGAGGAAGAAGAAGAGUAUAAUGAAAAUGGAUUUAAAUUCAAUGGUGAAAAAAGGUUGGGAGGUAUUAUAGCUUUAAAGAAACAUACCAAUCAAAGUAAUGAAUCAAUGGAAAUUGAAUUUGUUUGGGCUCAUACAACAAGUAGUAUGGUAGUUGGUUAUAUUUCAUCAUCAAUGGAUAAUCCCAAAUCAUUGGUAUCAAGACUUUCCUCCUCUGACCAAGAUAAUGAUGGUAAAAUUUUAGAAAUGUCAUCAACUAUUACAACUAUUUAA